GAAUUAUGAACAUUAUCGUUGGGGCUUCUUAAACUUUGCCAAAGGCCGCUCUGAUGGGCUGAGAGAGGCUGUGAAUGCGCGUGUUUGUUAAAAACUCAAGACGGAAGGAGAUACCACGAGCCACAAGUCAUGCCUUUGUCGGCAUAAACAAGUGUGUGUGUGUGUGUGAUCGUAUGUCUUAACCAUGACAAGAGCGGCGGUGACUAAACUUCUUCUCCUCGUGAUCCUUGCUUUCAUCAUCUGCCUCCCAGAAUUCUUCACCAUAUACAGAGUAUCAAAAGUGAAUUUCCUGUGCCUUCCCUACGAGCCCUGCGAACGAGGAGAUCAGGUGAAGGAGGGGGAACACGGAAAGACUGGAAAUGCUGAAAUUAGGAAAAGGGAUGUGUGUGACCCUUCUCAGACUCAGGGGGAGCAGGCCUGCACUGGGGAGAAUCAAAGCAACGAGACCGAUUCAGCGUCAGACUCCAGGAGAGGCAGAGACAAUCCAAAUGUGAGCUGGUUCAUGUGUAAAACAGACACGGACAUGGCAGAAUUAUACAGAAAUGCCUCAUCUUCAGCUGUACAGUUACAUCUGGAGGUGUCAGUCAAGCUUCAACUCGGCAAUGCAGAGACCCUGAAUCUCACCCUGUACGGCCGCAGUAAUCACAGCUCUUUACACCUCCACCCACCUGAGGAGGAAGAAGAGCCGAAGGGGGAUGAUGAAGGACAGAGGGAGGCUUUCUACUGCUGUCUCCCUCUCCUUCCCACCUCUGGAACAGCCAAUCAAAGCCGCUGUCUCCUUUGGCUCGCCAAUCAAACAGUUUUGACUGCAACAGCAAAGGAAAAGCUGCCAUGGAAACGGACACAGAAAGAUGAGUGGCAGUGUAUGUUCAGAGUCCUCUGGCUGGCUCUGCUGUGUCUCGUGCUCCUGAUUAUAGUCGCAAUUGUGAUCGCACAAAUCUACUAUGGGAAAUGCUUAUGCAAAAAGCCCAAGGUGCGUCCGGUUGGUCGCAACUGUACUGGUCACCUUUUAUUCGAUAAACAAGCAAAAGAUGGAGAGAAGCAAGUGGAAAUCAUCACUUCUAAAGGAAUAGGACUCUCAACUAUUCAAGAAGCUCACAGUCAAAAUGACAUAGAAACCCUGCUGGAUGGAAAUGUUGACCACUGCUAUACUGCCAAUCUGCAUCAUCGUGGCCAUCCGUUCACCUCCCUCAUCACAGAGGAUCAGGCCUGGUGACACAAGUGCAACACAACUAUCCUAAAGCACACUGGACGAGAACAGAAAUGACUGUAUUCACCUAUCAGCCACCUUUAUGGGGACAAUAAAAAAUAUUGAGCCAC